AUGUUUGAGGUGAGUACAUUUCAUAAUGUACAUACAUGUUCCCUUGAUCUUCGAAGAAAAGAUAACCGUCAAGCAUCACCUUUGAUAGUUGCCCAUCUAAUUAAGGAUAAGUUCGCAACUGACGGCUCGGAUCAUUUGGCCUCUGAUAUAAGGAAAAGUAUGCACAAGGAUUACGGGAUCCAAAUGAGUUAUGAAAAGGCAUGGAGGUGCAGAGAGAAGGCACUACACCUAGCUCAUGGUACACCUGAAGAUUCGUACUCGAAAUUACCUAGUUACUUGCACAUGCAGUUGAGAAAUCCAGGUACCAUCACAAAUUUUGCGGUAGAAGAUGAUCGCUUCAAGUAUGGUGAGCAAAUGUUGUGUGCAGUGGCACUGGAUGCAGGGAGCCAUAUCUUUCCAAUAGCUUUUGCUAUAGUUGAUAGUGAAAACCACAAUUCUUGGACCUAUUUUAUGAGAAAAUUUAAAGAAAUGAUUGGUGAUGUUGAGAACUUAGCCUUUAUUUUGGAUAAGCAUGAAAGCAUUGUUCGUACUUUGGAGAUCGUGUUCCCUGAUGCACACCACGGUGCAUGCUACCACCACAUUAUUAUGAACGUCAACUACAAGUUCAAGACUGACGUCUUCAAGAAUUACAUUUACAUGUGUGCCUACACGUAUUCAAAAUUAGAGUUUCACAGAGAAUUUGAGAACAUUCGGACAAUGAAUGUUGCGGUUGCACAGUAUCUUGAGAAAAUUGGAUUUGAAAAACGGGUUCGGUCGUACUUUCCAGGGGUACGUUACAAUGUAAUGACGAGCAACUGGGCUGAGAGCUUCAACAACACAACUAAGGACGCAAGAGGCUUCCCGAUCACUGCUGUUGUAGCAUUCCUGAGGUCCAAAGUUCACCCUGGAGGAACAAUUCAGACCGGUGGCGUAGUGGACUUGCAGGAACAGACUUGUACUUGCAGCUUAUUCCAGUGCAUGAAGUUUCCUUGUCCUCAUGCAUGUGCUGUAGGUCAGCAGGGAAGUAUUAGCAUGUACGCACUAUGCUCGCCAUAUUACACAACAGAAUAUUGGAGGAGCACAUAUGAAGGUACAAUUAUGCCAGUUGGUGACGAGGAUGAUUGGGAAUUACCUGAUGACAUAAAGAACAUGACAAUUAGAGUGCCUGUUGAGAAGCAACCAGUAAGGCGACCCAAGAAGCAAAAGGUUGGAAGAAUUAAGAACAACCGAACUGCUUGUAAUGGUGAAAGGGUUAUCAUACCACGAAAUUGUGGCAAGUGCGGUGCCAAGGGGCACAACAGAAGCACUUGCACCUACCGAGGUUAA